CUGUGUCCUCUUAUCCUUUCAAUCCACGAGUACACAAUCUUGAGACGCUCGCGCACGCGCGUGGUCUGCAGCAAGGCAUAUUUUUCCUCUUCGGCGAUGGGGAGGACGGAUGCGAACCAAUACGGGAAAGUAGCAGGGUCUUCGGGCGGCUCCCCGUAUGCUUGCACGAUUCUCGAGCUCAGCCAUGGAGCGCUUGCCUGCCUCAUCUCGCGGAUAAACAACAUGCACUUGUCAAUCGUUUCUCUCUGCUCCAAUGCUUCUUCCUCGCCAAGCGAAAGGUCUUCGACACGCUCGAUGCGCCCAAUCGAAUAGCCGUCCAGCAUGCUAUGCGAUCGAAUCUUGAAUCGACCGAUCCCUCGCGUCUCGACGAAGCUGCGUCCAUCACGGAGAAGCUGGAGGUUUACGAUUUCGAGCAGUGUGCCGUAUUCCAAGAACUGGGUUGGGCCUAGAUCACCCUGCGGGGCAUUUGUCUUGUUGUACAUGACCAUGCCAAAUUGUUUAUUACCCUCGACGCACCGUCGCAUCAUAAGUCGAUAUCGUGGCUCGAAGACAUGGAGAAAUGUGGGCAUCGUAGGUAAAGAUAGUGUGCAUAUGAAUAGCGGUACAUCCAGGUCGUCGUCGCCAACUUGUGCUUCCGCUUCUACCGCUUUCUUGCGAGCGUCGAUCAGAUCGGGGCACAGAGCGUUCAGCAAAGAGUUUAGCAAUGUAUUGCUGGACUCGUUCUGCAAGGAAGCGGGUAAGUGUAUGCCUCGCCGACACACUGGGCAAAUGCUGUUGUGAUCCAUGACCCGGACAAGACAGCCACGACAGAAUGUAUGACCGCAAGACGUGGUUGUGGGGUUUAGCAUCAUGUUGUAGCAGACGAGGCAGUCAAGCUCCUUUUGGACGAUUUCACGCAAGCCUUGAAGCAAUGCAAUAUCCAGAUCGCUGUAGUCAUCGCCCGCGGGAGACAGUGACUGAUACUUGAGCUCCGAGCUGUACUGAAGUUCGCCUAGCUCUGCCAUUGUGAAUGUCGAUACCAAGCGACCACCAUGGAGAGUGCGCGAGCGCGGUUCCUCCAACAUGGCAUCCUUCUCUUCGGUCGGUGAUUCGAUUUCCUCUCGCAAGACCUCUUCAAGUAGCAUGGGCGUAUCCUCGAGGGCCGGGAUGUGAAGUGUGAUUUCCGUUCUGAUCAGCUCCAGAAGCUUGGACAUGGUGACGUCCACGCUGCACUCAGCAGCAGCAUGCUCGACACCACAGUAUUUCAAUGGACAGGCCACACCACUAAGGCGAUCAGGUGUGUUCGGAUAGGAAAUGUUGGCGCGCGGUUUCGGAGCGGGAAGGCAGGCGCGACAGACGGUAUGAGAGCAAGGUAGAGUCACUGGCGAAGUGAAGGGCCUCGAGCAACACGGGCAUUGUAGGAGGCGCACGAGAUGUCUGAUGUCGUCGUAAGGGGCCUGAAGAAACUUCUCCGAGGGCUCCUCCGGUCGCACAUCUUGGACCAUCAAGGCUUGCGGGUGCACUGGUGGCUCAAAAUAUUGCUUGCCACCGUGGAGCAAAAUGUCUUGUUUCCUUAACGGCGAAUUCAUACAGAUUUCGCUUUU